AUGGAUCAGCGGGUUAAGAGAGAAGGGAUGUUCGAGAUGAGUCAGUAUCAGAACGGUACAAGAAGGAGGCGUCUUCAGGGGGUGGUGAUGGAUCAGGGGGAGACUCGAGACAAGAAGGUGACAGAACGGGGUAAGAAGGAUAACAUUCUGAUUGAGUUGACACAGGAGCUGGAGGAGGAGAGUCAGAGAGAAGGUGAGAUGGAGAAAGAGGAGCAGGGGAUGAUAAUGAGGGGGAGUGAUGAUGAUGACGAUGAUGGCAAUGAUGACAGCGAUGACAGAAAUGUUGAGGCCGGUGGCAAAGAAGAUGACAGCGAAGUUGAAACUGCUGACGACGGCGAUGAUGAUGAAGGAAACAAUGAUGGUGAAAACGAUGAAGAUGAUGGAGACUCAACGGAGAUUGUAAGGGCGUUCAGUCCAGCACUUGAGUGGUGA